AUGUUCCAAGCAUUUCACUAUUGUAUAUGUCAGAUUAUGUGCUGUCCCGAAUUCAAAUUAUCAAUGGCGUUGGGGAAGCGUUCGUCCAAUGAAGCGGACGAGGACGAUGAUGAGCCACCGUCCAAUGUUCGGGAUGAAAUGAAAAAACUGGUAACGCAGGUCUUCCGAAAAUAUAUCAUCGAAGCAAUUUUACCGCAUGUGUUACGUCUCAAAUAUUACUUGCAAGAGAAACGUUUACCUGAAUUGGAAUUCGGUAUCAUCCGAGUGUUGAGAGAAUUGUGCAAGGAUCAUCGUGAGCAACUGGACGAAUUUCUAGCAAGCGAUAAGCAGCUGAAAGCUGAAAUCAAAUUUGAUCUUGAAAAGCUUGAGAUAAUUGGUAUCUUUGAAAAUCUAUUUUUAGCAAAUGUUCCCGCAGAAUCGACUCCCCCAACAGCUAGCAAUGCUCCGGAUGCAGUUGCAGUCGAAACGGAUGAUAAAAACUCUUCAAAAACAGCACAGGAAGAAAUGGAAGUGGACAGCGAUAAAAAUGAAAACGACGAAGAAAUGCCCGAAGAGCCGUGCCCAGCACAGGUGAGCUGGAUGUGA